UUAUAAUAUCGUGCCCGGUCUUCUCUCUCGAACCCACUUUAGCAGCGGAGAAAAACCCUGAACCCUAAUUCCAAACUCUCUUCCUCCACCACCGCAUACAUUAGCCAUGGCUGAGAUUAAGCUCUCGGAGGGUCGAGACCUCACCCGAAUAGAGCGCAUAGGCGCACACUCCCACAUUCGGGGGCUUGGUCUCGACUCCUCACUUGAACCCCGAGCGGUCUCCGAGGGCAUGGUGGGCCAGACGGCAGCUCGGAAAGCCGCCGGCGUCAUUCUCCAGAUGAUUAAGGAAGGCAAGAUAGCGGGGAGGGCUGUCCUUCUGGCGGGUCAACCCGGCACCGGUAAAACCGCCAUAGCCAUGGGCAUGGCCAAGUCGCUAGGAAUGGAGACUCCAUUCGCCAUGAUCGCCGGAAGCGAGAUUUUCUCCCUCGAGAUGUCCAAGACCGAGGCCCUAAUGCAGUCCUUUCGAAAAGCCAUUGGUGUCCGAAUCAAAGAGGAGACGGAGGUCAUCGAAGGCGAAGUCGUGGAGAUCCAAAUCGACCGGCCGGCGGUGACCGGAGCGGCAUCGAAGACGGGGAAGUUGACCCUGAAGACGACGGAGAUGGAGACGGUGUACGAUUUGGGGGUGAAGAUGAUUGAGGCAUUGGGGAAGGAGAAAGUGCAGAGUGGUGAUGUGAUAGCCAUUGACAAGACCUCCGGGAAAAUCACGAAGCUCGGGAGGUCGUUCUCGAGGUCGAGGGAUUACGAUGCCAUGGGACCCCAGACCAAGUUUUUGCAGUGCCCAGAUGGGGAAUUGCAGAAGCGCAAGGAGGUCGUACACUGCGUCACGCUUCAUGAGAUCGAUGUUAUCAAUAGCAGAACGCAGGGAUUUCUGGCUCUCUUCACUGGUGAUACUGGUGAAAUCCGUGCAGAAGUGAGGGAACAAAUUGACACUAAGGUGGCAGAGUGGAGAGAGGAAGGGAAAGCAGAGAUUUUGCCUGGAGUCCUCUUUAUUGAUGAGGUGCAUAUGCUUGACAUUGAAUGCUUUUCAUAUCUGAAUCGUGCAUUGGAGAAUGAUAUGGCUCCAAUAUUAGUUGUUGCUACAAAUAGAGGGAUCACUAACAUCCGAGGCACAAAUUAUAAAUCCCCUCAUGGGAUUCCGAUAGAUCUCCUUGAUCGUCUACUCAUUAUCACCACUCAGCCUUAUUCAGAAGAUGAAAUUCGUCAGAUUCUAGAUAUAAGAUGCCAAGAGGAAGAAGUGGAGAUGUCUGAAGAGGCAAAGGUUUUGUUGACUAAGAUUGGUCUAGAAACAUCCUUGAGAUAUGCCAUCCAUCUCAUUACAGCUGCAGCAUUGGCAUGCCAGAAGCGAAAGGGAAAGAUAGUUGAGAUGGAGGACAUUAACCGAGUUUACCAUCUGUUUUUGGAUGUGAAGAGAUCAACACAGUAUUUGAUGGAGUAUCAGAGUCAGUACAUGUUUAACGAAGAAGGUGAGGAUGAUGAUGCCAAUGCCAUGCAAAUUUGAGAUUUCAUUGCGAGUUCAUUCUGGUUUUUCUUGAAUUCUUCUUAGCUAAUUAUAGGCAUCAGCGAUAUAUUCACAUGUCUUGUGUAAUCUAUUAAGAUCUUGUAUUCACAUGUCUUUUGCAUAGUGCAGUAGUUCAGCUACGGUAUAUUUGAUGGUCUUCUAGCCUUGUGAUGAAAGAAACCCCUUUGUUGAUGAUUAA